AUGACUGAGAUCCGCAUGUCGCUUGAUCAGCUAGCGGAAGCACUAGGGGACGAGGAAGAAGAGGACGACGGCCUAGAGGACGAUGACGAAAGCAUCGUGCAUGUGAAUGACGACCAGGUUGCAGACACCCAGGCGAUGAUUCAGGAGAUGGAAAUCAAGGAAGACGACGUCGACAUGGACAGUGGUGAUGAGGAUGCUGCUGCCAAUCGCGCGAGCCAUGUCCAGAUCCAGCCCGUCAAAGAGCCGUUGCCUAGUACUAAGAAGUAUAAACCGCCUCAUCUGAGGCCAUGGUCGAUGGUCGACCCGACCUACGCUCGACACCGUCCUCCCGCAGUCUCCGCGCCCAAGCCUCCUCCUACAGCCUCCGCGCAAAACAUUCCUUCUGCGACCUCCAGGCCGAGUGGAAGGAUCUGUCACGCACUAAGUAGCCGAUGCAAUGGCUCGAGGAAGUGUGUUAGGAGUGGUACAGGAUACAAAAGUCACAAUGGUGACGAGGACAUGCAUGUAUUGAGGGCCGAUGCCCCUGCAGGUAAUGCCUGA